AUGGCGGCGCCGGAGCAGCCGCCGCCGCCCGAGGGCUCUAAGCCGCUGAGCGCCCUCCUCAGCGGCAUCGCCCAGGCCGCCUACUACGGCAACGCGGACAUCACGGAGGAGCUGCUGCGCGGGCAGCUCUACCCCGAGGCGGCGCCGGAGGAGUUCCGCGCCCUGCGCGCCAAGAUGGGCGGCCUCCUCCAGUCAAUUGCUUCAGCGGACAUGGAUUUGAAUCAACUGGAGGCUUUUCUCACCGCCCAAACCAAAAAACAAGGUGGCAUCACCUCAGAUCAAGCUGCAGUCAUUGCAAAAUUCUGGAAGAACCACCGAAUAAAGAUCCACGAGAGCCUGAUCAAUCAAAGCCGUUGGGAUAAUGUCUUGAAAAACAUGAACUGGCGAGUGGAUCUGAAGUCACAGUCAAGACACGUCGAUCAGAUAAACACUCCUGUUGCAAUAGUUGAAAUGGAACUGGGGAAAAAUGGGCAGGAAUCGGAGUUUCUCUGUCUGGAGUUUGAUGAGGCCAAGGUGAGCCAGAUGCUGAAGAAACUCUCGGAAAUAGAGGAGAGCAUGACUUUGUUGACUCAGACCACUUAACCAAAUAAAGAGAUUGCAACU